AUGCCUCUUCCCAUAUUCGGCAAAUCACACAAGUCGCCGGCCGAUGUGGUGAAAAAUCUCAAAGAGGCCCUCGUUGCAGUUGAGAAGGUGAACACUUCAGUUCGAACCCAAGGUGUGAAGAAAGGUGACAAAGCAGUGGAAGAAGUUAACAAAUGGUUGCAAAUGGUAAAAAGUAUCAUUUACGGAUCUGAGACCCAAGAUCCUCACAGUGAGCAGGUUGCUCAGCUUGCUCAGGAAACAUAUAACGCCAACGUUUUGCCGAUGCUUAUAAAAAACUUGCCAAAACUGGACUUUGAGAGUAAAAAGGAUGUUGCUCAAAUAUUCAACAAUCUUCUCCGCAGGCAAAUCGGCACUCGUUCUCCCACUGUAGAGUACUUAGGGGCUCGUCCAGAAAUGCUAGUCCUACUUGUAAAUGGUUAUCAGAAUGGCGACAUCGCCAUAACGUGUGGACACAUGCUACGAGAAUGUAUUCGGCAUGAUCAACUAGCAAAGAUACUUUUACAACAUGAGUGUUUUUACAAAUUCUUCACAUAUGUUGAACUGUCUGCUUUCGACAUUGCUUCUGAUGCCUUCUCCACAUUCAAGGAUUUAAUCACACGGCAUAAGACGCUAUGUGCUGAAUUCUUGGAUGCUAACUACGACCGUUUCUUUACUGAAUACCAAAAACUGCUCAACUCUGAAAAUUACGUCACGAGGCGACAAUCACUUAAACUACUCGGGGAAUUAUUACUUGAUCGACAUAACUUCAACGUGAUGACUCGAUACAUUUCAAAUCCCGAAAACCUUAAACUGAUGAUGGAGUUGCUUCGAGAGAAAAGCCGAAGUAUACAGUUUGAAGCUUUCCAUGUGUUCAAGGUUUUCGUUGCGAAUCCCAAUAAACCUCGACCUAUCGCUGAUAUUUUGUUAAGGAAUCGAGAAAAACUGGUGGACUUUCUCGCUCAGUUUCAUACCGAACGUACUGAUGAUGAACAGUUCAACGAUGAAAAAGCCUACUUAAUCAAGCAAAUCCAGGAGAUGAAGGCUUGA